CUGAAGGGACCUAAAGUUAUUUUUAAAGCUGUCGAUUCCCCUCUCCCUUUCAUUCUAAAAAGGCUGCAAAAUCUCACAUUGAACCGGACAGCCCCAUAUUUAGCAGCCUCUGUGAAGGCAGAAUCAUGAAGAAGAUCCCAUUUUUGUCACCGGUGAAAGACACCUGUCACUACCCUGACAACGGUGAGAUGCUGAGCAAGUCCAAUGGGGGCUUUCCCACAGUGACGCAGGAUGACAGCAGUGGCAUCGGGUCUGAUAUCACCACCCCUCCCCGGAAGAAACGGAAGCGCUGCAAGCUUUGUGUCCCAUGUCUGAGGAAGGAAAAUUGUGGAACUUGCACCCAUUGUGUGAACCGAAGGACCAGCCACCAGGUUUGCAAGAUGAGAAAGUGUGAAGUCUUGAAGAAGAGAAAGUCGGGUGGUCUGAACCAGACUGGUUUGGAGUGCAGCUCAGUUGAUGGACCCCAAACAGGCCAAAUGGAAGAAGGGCUAUUUAACCAUGUUGAAGAAAGAAGGCUAAAUGAGGGUGAUGGGCCUGGCCUGGCAAACGGCGGAAGGGAGCAAACGGCUGGAAAAGGGGCUAUGAUAAUGGAAACAGGCACAUGGCUUGGCAGUCCACAUACCGAGCAAAAAGCCGACUGGGAGGGCAUGCCAGCUGCCCUUAGCCAAGGUGAUUCCACCAACGCCAACUUGGAAGAUGCUCAAAACCUGGUGGCUUUCUCCGCAGCAGCAGAAGCAGCCAUGUCUUCGCAUGGAAUGGGACCUCCAUCUUCCCCUUCAUUACUGAGCAUGCAAUUGUACGAGAAGUUUAAUGCCGAGAUGAAUCGAAGUGGGACAGGGGAUGGUCCGGCCAUGCCUCCUUCCAACAGCUGCCCUGACAUUGAGGAUCUGAAUGCUCUCAAGGCUGCUCUUGCUCUGGCAAAACACGGCAUGAAGCCACCCAACUGCAACUGUGAUGGACCAGAGUGCCCAGACUACCUGGAAUGGUUGGAAAACAAGAUCAAGUCAGCCACCGUAGAGGACCAGAGUUGUACCCCCCAGCUUCUCAACCAAGCUUCUGAACCUCCCUUAGACAAUGGUGCUAAUCAAAAGCAGGUGCCUGCUGCAGAUGAGAAGCUAACUCUGUGCCCAUCGGAGGCUCUCCCCCUUUCCCAAAGUGCACUGAAUAUUGCUAAGGAGAAGAACAUCAGCCUCCAGACAGCCAUCGCCAUUGAAGCCCUCACACAACUAUCGUCAGUUCUUCCUGAGGCCGCCAAAGAGGCUCCACCCCCUCCCCAGAGCCCUCUGCAAGCCAUGGCCUUCACCUCCAAGGAGCAGCUGGUCCAGCCUUCCACCUUCCCGGCACACAUCCCUAAUUCGGUGCUAUCUGUGUCCAGUGCCGAGCUGUACCAGAGCCAGGCCUCGAAAGCCUAUGCCAGCCACAACCUGCCCCAGGCACCUGUGUCCUUGGCUUCCUCCUCCUGGCAGCAGGGUACAAAAGGUGCUCAGGAGAUGGCUCCUUAUUGCCUCAAUCGCAACAAUGGCCAUUUGGACACUUCAGGUCUGUUUCCCAACUGCACCUCCACCCCACAGAAGGCAGAUUUCCCUGAGCAGUGGAGUGAAGAAAGUAAGCUCAAAAACAACCUCUGGGGUCUGAACUCCAACCCAUCCCUGUCCUCUUUGGCAAGUGAUCCCAUGGCUGAACUGGAGCAGCUUUUAGGCACUGCGGGCCAUUGCAUCAAAACAGCAUUUAAACGACCUGACAUGAUGCCUGGCAAAGUGAAAGCCAUCAAAGCAAAGCAGGAGCAGCUAGCCCAGAAGGACGAGAGCCCUGGCUAUCAUAAGCCAGCCUCCUCCAGCCAGCAAUUGUCCCAGCUUCUGCAAGAGACAAACUUCCAUAAGAAGACUCAGAAGGUUCUUCAGCAGCAUCUCCACCACAAACGUAGCCUCUUCCUUGACCAGAACCUGCCUCAGGGAGCCCCCCAGGAGCAGCUGCCCAGCUGGUGGACUCCCAAGUCACAGCAGGCCCAGCCUCAGAAGUCAUCAGAGAAGUCCCCCAAGGAGAGGAAGAAAAAGAUCCAGGUGGAAAAAGGUGCUCAAGUCAAACCGGUCCGUAAGCAGGUCCAGAUUAAAAAAUCCAAGCAGAAGGACUCUCAGCCCCUCUUCCUGCCUGUGAGACAGAUCAGCUUAGAAGGGCUCCGCUCAGCUGCCCCACUGGAGCGCCUAAGCAAAGAGAUGCAACCUGAACAGCUGCUCCCUGGGACUCCUACCAAGUUUUUGUCUCCUGCUCAGUUUACAUCCAGCCCCACAGAGCUGUCUCCCUUGCAGAAGCUACUUGAAAACAGAAGUCCUGCUCCCAACUCUCAGGAAAUGUGCCAUCCCAGCCAGGAGGAGAGCCCCUGCUACUACCCAGAGAAUGCUGCAUGCAGUUCUGCUUCUCUCAGCUCUCCUGUGCCAGGCUUUGCCCCAUGUUCAUCCACAGGUGCUUGCAGCAAUGGGCAUGAGGAAGCUUUCCACAGACCAAUGAACUCGACAGAUCACCCUCUGUUUGCCCACAAUCCAAUUACAGUGGAUGACAAGUUGGAGGAACUGAUCAAACAGUUUGAGGCUGAAUUUGGAGAAAGUUUCAGCUUGCAGAACUCUGAACUUCCAGCUCCAGGUCUGCUUACUGAUGGGUCAUUGCCAGCCCAGCCUCCUUCUCCCCCACAUCCAUUGUCUUCUCUGAGCCACUCUCCGGAGCCUCCUGGGGGCUUGGAUCCUGCUUUCCAGCCCUCGGCUGCUAAGGAUUGCACACCGCCUUCGAUGGGCACUCCCAAUGCGGGUCACAAAAUGUUCUCCCUCUUGCCGGGUGCUGAGCAGCCUUUUGAAAACCCUUUUGCUGCUCGGUCUCCCAAGCAGAUAAAAAUCGAAUCAUCUGGUGCUAUUACUGUGGUAUCCACCACGUGCUUUUACUCUGAUGAAAACCAAAACACAGACACUGCUUCCGUGGAAGGGACCCCAACCAAGGAUAAAGUGCCACUCACACCUACUCUCAGUGGAUUUUUGGAAUCUCCCUUGAAGUACCUGGACACACCAACCAAAAGUUUGCUGGACACACCAGCCAAGCGAGCUCAGGCAGAGUUCCCAACUUGUGACUGUGUGGAACAAAUAGUUGAGAAAGACGAGGGACCGUAUUACACUCAUCUGGGGUCUGGACCUACUGUGGCAUCCAUCAGGGAACUCAUGGAGGACCGGUAUGGUGAGAAGGGGAAAGCCAUCAGAAUUGAAAAGGUGAUCUAUACAGGGAAGGAGGGAAAGAGUUCUCGCGGUUGCCCUAUUGCUAAGUGGGUCAUCAGGAGACACAACUCAGAUGAGAAGCUGUUGUGCCUGGUGCGGCAUCGUGCUGGCCACCACUGCCAGAAUGCUGUCAUCAUCAUCUUGAUUCUGGCCUGGGAGGGAAUCCCUCGCACCUUGGGAGACACCCUGUACCAAGAGCUCACUGACACACUCACAAAAUAUGGAAACCCCACCACUCGACGAUGUGGGUUGAAUGAUGAUCGGACCUGUGCAUGUCAAGGCAAGGACCCCAACUCUUGUGGUGCUUCUUUCUCUUUUGGUUGCUCCUGGAGCAUGUAUUUCAACGGGUGCAAAUAUGCUCGAAGUAAAACUCCUAGGAAAUUCAGGCUAAUAGGAGACAAUCCUAAGGAGGAAGAAGUGCUCAGAAGAAGUUUCCAGGACCUGGCUACAGAAGUUGCCCCACUUUAUAAGAAGCUGGCACCCCAUGCCUAUCAAAAUCAGGUUAACAAUGAAGAUAUAGCAAUAGACUGCCGGCUUGGACUCAAAGAGGGGAGGCCCUUCUCCGGGGUGACAGCAUGUAUGGACUUCUGUGCUCAUGCUCAUAAGGAUCAGCAUAACCUCUACAAUGGGUGCACUGUGGUGUGUACCUUGACAAAAGAAGACAAUCGUACCAUCGGGCAGAUCCCAGAGGAUGAACAACUGCAUGUCCUUCCACUGUAUAAAAUGUCCCCCACAGAUGAGUUUGGCAGUGAGGAGAAUCAAGCUGCAAAGGUGGGCAGUGGGGCAAUCCAGGUGCUCACUUCCUUUCCAAGGGAAGUCAGGAAGCUUCCUGAGCCAGCCAAGUCUUGCAGGCAGAGGCAACUGGAAGCUAGGAAGGCAGCUGCCGAGAAAAAGAAAAUGCAGAAAGAGAAGCUGAUUACACCUGAAAAAAUCAAGCAGGAAGUCCUUGAGAUCCCAGCACUCCAGCAGAAUGCAGAUGCAGCCUUGAAAGGUGGAUUUCCGCAGCAGUCAGUCAAACCUUCCAUUAAAGUGGAACCUCAGAAUCAUUACAACACUUUCAAAUACAAUGGAAAUGCUGUGGUGGAAAGCUAUUCUGUGUUGGGGAACUGCAGGCCCUCUGACCCGUACAGCAUGAACAGUGUUUACUCUUAUCAUUCCUACUAUGCACAACCUAAUCUGCCUUCCAUGAAUGGGUUGCAUUCAAAGUUCUCACUUCCAUCUUUUGGGUACUAUGGAUUUUCCAGCAAUCAUAUGUUCCACUCCCAGUUUUUGAAUUAUGGUGAUACAAGGACUGCCCCUUGGCUAAACAACAGCUAUGAGAAAAAGCCUGAUGUUCAAAUGUUGCAAGAUAACUUGAGCCACGCUUACAGGAAUUCUGAAAUAGCAGAUGAAGUCCCUCCCACAGUACGAAACAAAAACCACCACCAGCGAACCUAUGAGAGAGCCAGUAGGCAUACAGGAAAAACAGUGGCUGUGCCCCAGAGAUCUAACUCAGUCCCUGCAGAAGUCCUGCCAUUUGCACAAAAUGCAAACUGUUUCAACAACCGAACGAUCAAGCAAGAGCCAGUGGACUCCUUGUCACAUAUGGAGUGCAUUCAGAGGGCUGCUUCUGUUAGUGGACAUAAUUCAAGUCUGAAGUCAUCUGAUUUGUCCCUGUCAUCUCAGAAUGGAGGAACAGAACAACGAUGGAGCCCUUAUAAAGCCAACAGAAAUGAGUCUUCUUUUGGCAGGACUAGUGACACUGAGAGCCCAUGGAACAUGUUUACGCCUAGUGACAAUGCUGGUGUGCUCAGUGCAAACACACAGAAUAAAUCAAAUUUGUUCAGCUCCCAUUCAAACACUACCAGGUUACCACAGUCCCAUCUACUGGAGAAACAGUGGAACUUAUUUCCUGGAGAAGGGCAGCCACUGCCACUUGGCUCUGACGUGCUAGGGAAGUCAUGGAGCCCCUGCAAGGCCAAUGAAAAUUCUUUGGUAUUUUCCAGUUCAACAAAUUCAAAUUUUCAGGAGAAACCCUGGAACCUUGGACAACUGAACUAUGGUUCCAGCCAGGGAAGCUCAAGGGUUCAAGAGGAGUUUUGGGGUUCUGUCAAAGUGGAUGACAGGAGGACUCCAACACCUGGCACGGGAUUACACAACAGGCCAUGGAGUUCUUUUGGUUCAUUGUCUACUAUGGCAUCAGGUGUGUGUGGAGAGAAACCAUUUACUUCCUUGAAAGCAGAAGGCAGUGCAAUGUUGCCAGGUGCUGGCCACCAAGAAAGACCUCCUUGGGACCCUUUUGGUUUAGAUGACAGCAUGGAAGAGUCAGCUGACAAGAACAUAAAGGAGGAGGGGGGAGAGGACAGGGAGGAAGAGGAGGAAAUAUGGUCAGACAGUGAACACAACUUCCUGGAUGAAAACAUUGGUGGGGUGGCAGUGGCUCCGGCCCAUGGCUCUAUUCUCAUUGAAUGUGCGAGGCGAGAGCUGCAUGCCACCACCCCUCUGAAGAAACCCAACCGAUGUCACCCCACUCGUAUCUCUCUAGUAUUCUACCAGCACAAGAACUUGAACCAGCCCAAUCAUGGACUUGCCCUUUGGGAAGCAAAAAUGAAACAGCUGGCAGAGAGAGCACGGGCAAGGCAAGAGGAGGCAGCCAGGCUCGGCCUUCAACAGGACAUCAAGGCCUUUGGCAAGAAGCGGAAAUGGGGAGGCGGCUUGGCCACAGAGCCCCAGCACAGAGAAAAAAAGGAUUCUGUCCCGACGCGGCAGGCCCUGGCCAUUCCAACAAACUCUGCUAUCACUGUGUCCUCUUAUGCCUAUACCAAGGUAACUGGACCAUACAGUCGCUGGAUAUGAGAAGAAUACUGCUCACAUGUGGCCAUCUUACCUCAAAGUCUGCGGCACUGGAAGACAGUGCUAGUUUGUGGUGCUUUUUCCUAGCGGAUGUCAGAGAGAAUACAAAUGAAAUCUAGCCAAUUGUGGCAUUUCUGAGAUCUACACUUAGAAGUCAAGUUAAAGAAACUUAUUGCUAACAUUUUUUCCAGUAAUCCAAUAUUUAUA